CGAGUGUGUUAGACGUGUUAGGCUCAAGUCAGAGAGUUAGAAUCAAGAAAGUUAAAUUCGAUCAUUUCGUAUUAGUUCAGUACUUCGGGGUUGUGGUUAAGAUGCCGAAGAAGGUGAACAAGAUAUGGGGCGGUCGCAAUGGUCGAGGAAACUUAUCUGAAGAGAAGCAUUAUUUCGGUCAUGACGAUCGUGGUGGUAGGAGUGGUGGAUCUCAUCUUGGGAGCACCAAGCCUCGUGUAUCGUUCAAGACGCAUAGGAUUAAUAGGGAGAUACCGCGUAACUUAGCUUUAGCGAGUUUAGACGAAGACAUUCCGAUGACUGGCAAUUCCAACAAUAAUACGCGGCAAGUAAUAGUUAGAGAAAGGGAUAGGAGUGAUAAGAAUUGGCAAAGAAGAAUUUCACAAGGAAGGAAUAGUCCAUUACCGAAUAGGAAUUUUGGGAAGGGAGGCCCACCUGGUGGUUCAAGAUUGCGGCAGUUUCCGCUGGGAGAAUGUAGUUGGUACAGAGUCUAUAUACCGUAUGGCCACAAGUAUGAGAAGGAUUAUGUUUUGAGAACUCUCUUGAAUUAUAUGGCACCUGAUGUCUUCGUUCCAAUAAUGUAUAAGGUCAUGGAGAAUGAAGCUAGUUUUUACAUCGACGAUUACAAGGUGGCAAACACAUUGCAAAAUUGUGAUCGGAAGAUUACUAUGACCGAUGGAUUCAAACUGCAAAUCAGGGUGAAGCCGUCGAGUCCAAGCUUCAUAAAUGACAUCGAUGAGAAAUUGAAGGAACGAUUGAAGCAAGCCAUGUCUAAGAGAUAUGUCCAGGAGACGAAUGCCUUGGACUUAAGCAAAUUUCAUCAAGAUUCAGAUCUUGUUGACGAGUAUUUCUAUGCAUUGUUCCGCACUCCAUUGUUAAUGGUAGUGUUAGAUAUUGUGGUCCAGCAUAUUCCCGAUUUAGAAGCAUUGAAUUUAGAAGGCAAUAAGUUAAAUAAUAUCGACAAGCUUAAUGUUCUAAGCAAGAAAUUCCCAAAAUUGAAGAUUUUGUACAUUGGUGAUAAUAAGAUAACGAAUAUUCAUCAAUUAGACGUUAUUAAAGAUCUGAAGUUAGAUGAGCUUAGAUUAACCGGAAAUCCCGUUUGCAACAAGUAUAAAUCUCGGCAAAGUGAUUAUAUAAGCGACGUCCGAAAACGAUUCCCGAAGUUGUUACGUCUGGACGGCAUGGAGUUACCACGACCGAUUGUAUUCGAUGUUGUCGAUGAAGCGGCCAAGGUACCACCAUCCCAAAGGAUGUUCGUCGCCGAUGCAAAAGCACAGGAAAUAGCAAGUCAAUUCUUACAACAGUAUUUCGCGAUAUUUGAUAGAGAGAAUCGGCAACCUCUACUUGAUGCAUACAAUGAACACGCGUGCUUUAGUAUGACGAUAACUGCCAGCCAUGUUAGCAAGUUAAAUGGUUAUCUUAUCGAGAGUAGGAAUUUGUUUAGAAUAAAUGACACAAUCAGAAGACAAAAAUUAUUGAAACAAGGCAAAUUGCCCAUUGUUUCAUUCAUUUCGCAAAUGCCACAGACAAGGCAUUUCGUAGAUACUUUCACGAUGGACAUAGCUCUUGCUAUGCAAGCAAUGAUGUUUAUCACGAUUACGGGCUACUUCCAAGAGAUUAAUACUAAGGAGCAGCCUAUCCGCCACUUCAACCGGACAUUUGUAAUUGUGCCGGAAGGAAGUGGAUAUUGUAUUUGUAACGAACAAUUGCAUAUUAGUCAACCGUCUGAGACGCAACUGAAGCAACUGCAUCAGCAACUGAACAGUACUCAGCUUCCUCAGACUCAAUCACAAGCGCCGGCGUUAUUAGAGCAACAGUUACCUACGGAAACGGCAAAGCCUAUGGCUUCGGAAUUGAAUGAAAAUAUCAAACAGCAAAUGACCGUCACACUUAGUCAGCAAACGAACAUGAAUCUAGAAUGGAGCUUGAAGUGCUUGCAAGAGACGAACUGGAAUUACGACAACGCGCUCUCCGCCUUUCAAGAAUUCUUCAAACGAGGUCAGAUACCGCCGGAGGCAUUUGCGAAAUAAAUACGUAAGUGGCUAAGGCAACUCGUUUCUGUGAUAAUAUCAUGUAAAGUCAGAGAGCGUAAAUACUGUAAGAUAAUUUCAAAUCUUGAUUCAUGUUCUUUCGCUUAUUUAGCGUACAUAUACUUUUUCAUUAUAUUUAAUGUCAUAACCUAAACGGAAAAUUAUCUUUUGCCGAUAUUAUAUCAUUGGCAACAAAUUAUGAUUAUUCUUAGGGAGUGGGCGGGGGGAGGGGGGAGGGGAAAAACAAAGAAAAAUACAAAAAUAUAUGCAUAUUCAUUUUUUUAGAUAGAUCAGGCUUAAGUAUUCCAGUUAAGGAUAUUGUAAUGUCAGGAAUCAGUCUUGUUCAAAUUUACAUCACAUAAUUAUUAUAAAAUGUAAAUUUUUUAAGACGUGUAAGGAUGAAACACAGUUAAUCUACUUGACAUAAAGUUGUGUGAUUAGAAAACUGUUACUGAAAAUGUACUUAAAAAAUUUUAUACAUUUUAUGUGCCAUUGAUAAAUGAUUGAUAAUGUUCUAUAAAAAACAAAGAUUAUAAGUGUAUAAUAUUGAACAAAGUCUGAUUUUGACAUAUUGAUUUGGAAAAGGAGUAUAUAUAUAUAUAUAUAUAUAUAUAGUAGAGAGAGAGAGA